AUGGCCGUCGAUAAGAUGAUGGCGCCUCGGGACAUACAUCCUCUAAGUCUGUUCGAAAAGACAAAGGCUGAGGGUAGGCCUUUCGAGGGCCCAGUCAUCGCACAAUUUGCUUCGAACGACCCGGUCGAGUUUGGACGUGCUGCAGAGAUGAUUGGUCCUUGGGUCAACGGUGUUGAUCUAAACUGCGGUUGUCCACAAUCAUGGGCGAUGAAGGAGGGAAUCGGCUGCAGCAUGAUGGCACACCCAGAAAAGGUCGCUGCUAUGAUCAAAGAGGCCAAGCAGAGGAUUGGACCUGGCAAAACUGUCGAAACGAUCAGAUUCAUCAAGAUCGUGGAAGAAGCAGGUGUUGACUACAUCACCAUCCAUGGACGUCUACGCAACCAACGCUCGUCGACGCCACCAAAUUUCGAAGCCAUUAAGAUGCUGAGAGGGCAGACCACAUUACCCGUUCUCGCAAACGGAGAUGUGUAUACGCUAGAAGACGCCCACCGCAUCACAAAGGAGACCGGUGUCGAUGGUGUCAUGGCCGCUCGAGGUCUGCUGGAGAACCCUGCCUUGUUUGCAGGCUUUGACAAAACGCCUAUCGAGGCUGUCUCUCAAUUCAUAUAUUAUGCUGUUCAGGGUGGAAUGCGCCACGAACUUGUGGUACACCAUUUGUCAGAAAUGAUGGGUGGUGUGACCACANAAAGAGAAAGAGCAGGUCUUGCAGUCUGCAACGACAUGGUGGACGUUAUAGAUUGGCUAGACAGCAGAUGCAAGCUGCAACGACCUCUCAUGUAG